AUGACAGCACGGAACUCGAAUAGAGCUAUCCGCCCCCAACUGGCCGAUGAGCCCCGAGAAUCCGAAAAGCCGGAUGCCAAUACCCCGAAGCUCGUGAAAAAUGCCAGCAGCGCCUGUUCAGCAUGCCGGAGGCGCAAGUCAAGAUGUGUCGGGGGCGUGCCAUGCGAGCCAUGUCGUAAAGCAGAUACAAAGUGCGAACUCGAUUUUGACACUGAUGGCCGACGACGCGUCGCCUUCAAACGAAAGAUCCAGUCUCUGGAGCAGGACCGCAACUUGCUUCUACAAUUGAUGGAGACUAUUCGCAGUGAUAACACUCGAACAGCCCCUGGAGUCCUGAAUCUGAUCCGGAGCAAUGCGUCUGUAGGUGAGAUUCGGCAAUUCUUGGAUUCCGACACCAUUUCUAGCUCUGCCGAUGAAAUGCCACCGAAGAUUCGGAGACAGACAUCCAGGAAAUACAUGGAUAUCAAGAGUUUAUCCGAUAUACCUCUCUACGAGGUCCCAGCGCAACCUUGGACCUCGGUGACAGAUGACAGCAGCUUUGUGUCUCACCUUAUUUCACUUUACUUCACGUGGCAGCACCCUGUUUUGAAUUGGAUCGAUCGUGACCUCUUUCUAAGGGACAUGCGCUCGAAAGACUUGAACUCGAAAUUUUGCUCUCCAAUUUUGGUAAACAGCAUAUUGGGUGUCGCAUGUUUCUAUACCUGGUAUCCUGAAGGAUUCGCCAAUCCAGCUGAACCAAGCUCUCGGGGCGAGCACUUUUUCAAAGAGGCAGUUCGUCUUCUAGGAGAGGCAGAAGGAAAGUUGACACUCACGAACCUUCAAGCAAGAGGAGACAUCUAUACUAGUGCUUGUGUUAUGGGCAAGGAUAGACUUGGUUGGCAGUAUUUGGUGGAGAUAGCAGAGUGCGUUCGCCAAUUUAUCAAUCGACGAGACCUUUUCAUCAGGGAAACAAAGGGCGACGUCCAGGAAAUGUCGAGAAGUAUUGAUACCACACUUCAUGGCCUGUUCAGCCUCAAUCCGGUGGCGACACUAAGUUUACAAAAACCGACAAUUAUAAAACGGCCGCAACUCGAAUAUUUCCCAGAGGAUCAUCACCCAGCUGACAAUUGGACGCCAUACCCCCGACAAGCCGAUGCGCUGUUGGCUCACACCAACUGUGUGAAGAACGGCACAUUUGAUCUGGGCAUCAUCAUGUGGGAGGUGUCUGAUUAUCUCUUUGGAGAUGAGAAGCCCCCUAGUCCCGACGCCACAAUUAUUGAAGGGUUUUACCAGCGUUUGCAAAAGUGGGAUGAAGGUCUCCCUAAUUGCAUCGACAAGAAAAGCAACGCACCACCUGGUGUUAUGGAUCUCCACAUGAGAUACCAUAACGCAGUCUUGAUAAUGUUUGGUUUCAUUCUUCCAGGCCUUGAUCAGAGUCAAUCAGCUGAAAAGGAGAGAAUCAAUGGGAUCCGCACAACAUCAGCCCGCGAAAUUGGCAUUGUGCUCAACCAGUUCCGCUCACUCUGGCCAGUGGAGUACAUGCCCAUGAAUUCGAUGCAAUAUGCCACCAUCGCCCUAUUCGCACUACUCGGUAGUCUCGAGCAUGAGGACAACCAAAAAUCAUUUACAGACAUUCUGAUCAGCCUUCGCGCUCUUGCACGUCGCUGGCAAUUGGCUAAGGGGAUGCUUCGCCUUAUACAGUUGACAGCUAUGAAGCAAGAAUCUAAGCUUCCUGUCGAGGCAGAGGUUCUUCUUCGCGAUUUUGAAGAGGAGCUAUGGACAGCGAGCGAUCGUCAACGGUUUAGCAGCCUGUAUCCGAAUUUCGCCGUCUCUACGGAAUUCAAAGAAGGAACUAGCGCAGCCGCUGAUGAGGCUGAACUAGAUCGGCUUCUUGAGGAAUGGGAUAAUCUGGCCUUGUCCAACAAAAAAGCAGAGACUAUUCAGGAGGACAGUGAGGAAAGGGACAGUGAGGAAAGGGACAGUGAGGAAAGGGACAGUGAGGAAAGGGGCGAUGGUGGAAGCAACUAA